GUAUGAUUGCGUUCUCAUGUGGGUUAUAUAUUAUCAUAUAUAUGAGUAUAGCUUUUCCAUAUGCUAAAGAACUCAAAUAUAUAACAAGAGAUGGUAAGAGUUAGUGAAUAUCCGAAAGCUAUAUGCACUUUUAUGCUUGUAUUGUUUAUACUGAUAUGCUUUGGAGCAUGUGGAAUUGAAGCACAAACUAGACGUAUUCCCCCUGAUGAAAUGGCAGCUCUUGGUGAAAUAGCUGAACAAUUGGGUAAAAAAGACUGGAAUUUGAAUCUGAACCAUUGUGAUGAAAACUUCAACUGGUACACACCAAUAGUCCCCACACGCAUAUCUAACAGUACUGUCAACUGCAACUGCUCUUCUGCUGAUGAAUGUCACAUCAGUGCCAUUUAUAUAAUGGUAGGCCUUGACGCUCCAUUGUGACCUAAGUGUCAUGGAUUUGAAAUACGGAAAUAGCCUCUCGUAUGUAGGGGUAAGCUUGCAGCCUGUGCACAUUUAACCCUUUCCAGACCCUGCAGUGGUGGGAGCCUCGUGCAUUGGGCUGUGCUCUCUCAUUUGACAGUUUUUUCAAUGAAGUCACAAGC